GAAGUAGCAAACUCCCCUUGUAAUCUGAUUCUUUCAAGGUCCAAUGAGGGCGUUUGCUUUAGAACUGGAAAGAGGUUCAUCCCGUUCAGCAUUAUGGCGAUCUUCUCCACGCUUACGCCUGUGUUUGUGGCUGUUUUAUGUAUUGUGAUAGCGCUUAUUUUUAAAAACUUUAAUAAAAGCGAAAAGAAACCAAAAACUCUAGAUUCUAAGCCUCCAGUACCUACUAGACCGUGGGUGGAUGAAGACCUUCAAGACGACACUGAAAUCAACCCAGAUGAAGAUGAUGAUGAGCUGGCGGAAAGCGAGGGGGACGUCUCCCAUGUGCCUUUCUCGCCGCCACGGUACAGUGAGGCUGAGAUGCUCCAUCGCUCUCAAGAGUUCUACGCGCUGAUGAACGCCAGGAGGUCGGUGCGCUUCAUCAGCCCCGAGCCCGUGCCCAGGGAUAUCAUCGAAAAUGUCAUCCGUGCUGCAGGUACUGCCCCCAGUGGAGCCCACACAGAACCCUGGACUUUUGUGGUGGUGGCAGACGCUCAGACAAAGAGUGAAAUCCGGCGGAUUGUGGAGGAAGAGGAGGAGAUCAACUACAAACAGAGGAUGGGGGAGAAGUGGGUCACUGACCUGAAGAGGCUAAGGACCAACUGGGUGAAGGAGUACCUGGAUACCGCCCCCUUCCUCAUCCUGAUCUUCAAGCAAACGUACGGGAUGCACCCUAGCGGGAAGAAGAAGACUCACUACUACAACGAGAUCAGCGUCUCCAUCUCAUGUGGCAUCCUUCUGGCUGCACUGCAGAACGCAGGCCUGGUGACGGUGACCACCACCCCGCUGAACUGUGGCCCCCAGCUGCGCCAGCUGCUGCAGAGGCCCCUGAACGAGAAGCUCCUGAUGCUGCUUCCCGCGGGCUUCCCCUCCAAGGACGCCACCGUGCCCCAGCUGAGCCGCAAGCCCCUGGAUGACAUCAUGGUGUUCGUGUGACCCCCGGGCCCAGCGGAUGCGAUGGAACGACAUUCUCUAAGAAAAACGGCAGUCAGUUAAGGGAGCGCAGUGGUGACCCUGUGAACUGGCAGCACUCUGCUUUGUGACUCAUCACAGACAGUAGCCGUGACAGACGUGACCCGAGACAACAGGGAAGGGCACCAUUAACAGCCUGGCCCAGGAAUUGCUAAAAGUAUCUCCUGCAUUACAAAAGGAAGAUGAUGAAAUUCUGCUGUUAAAUCCUAAUUUUAAACCAAUGUGUAAAUUGCUUUUGUGCUUUUUGUGCCUUUUGUAUAUGUGCAUCAAAACUUUUUAGGUAUCACUUCUUGAAGAAAUUCAGUAUUUUUCCCAAUUGUGCCAUGUGAUGGGUUGCUGUACCAUCUUGAGUUAUACCCUGCUUUGUACCUGUAUCUAUGGUAUAGGCUCCAGAUCGCUGCACAUGUAUGUAUGUUGCCUUGUAUAAUUUAGAAAAAUAAUAAUUUUUAUGCAAUGCAACUUUUUAGUGGAAUUUUCAUCCAUAGUGACAUGUAGUGUGAACCUAUUUGUACAGAUGGAUGUUUUACUGGACUAAUUCUGGUCAGCAGAGCUGAGAUCAUGAACCUUCUGGUUACAA